AUGCAGCCCCUUCCACCAGCACCACCGGAACAGAUAACCCAACUGCCGUCCAGCUCGUCACGCAGGCGAUGUUUAGCCGUUUCAGCAAUUUUUCUGCCUUGUUCAGCGGUGAUAUUCUUAAAGAAUUCGGUUAUUGCAUUAGCAAUGUGUGAUGUGAUGCAACGGAUGUGCACAGCAGCGGAAAUUAAGUUCUAUUCAACUAGUUUGAUACAAUCUGCUCUAAAAAGUAACGGUGGGGCAAAGAGCAGCAACUACUUGAGACCUAACAAGAACUGUAACUUGACCUCAUGGCGUUCUGGUUGUGAACCAGGAUGGUCAUGUAGUGUAGGAAAGGACAAACAAGUUGACCUUAAAAACGAUAAGGACAUGCCUCAGAGAAAUCUUGAUUGUCAACCUUGUUGCGAAGGCUUCUUCUGUCCUCAUGGUCUUACCUGCAUGAUACCCUGCCCCUUGGGCUCAUACUGCCCUCUUGCAAAACUCAACAAAACUACCGGCGUCUGUGAUCCGUACCGAUAUCAACUGCCUCCGGGGCAGACAAACCAUACCUGUGGUGGAGCAGAUGUGUGGGCUGACAUUUUGAGUGGCAACGACAUAUUCUGUUCAGCAGGAUUUUACUGUCCCAGUACCACUCAGAAAAUCCCUUGCAGUCGUGGACACUAUUGCAGGACUGGUUCUACAGCUCAAACGAAGUGCUAUCAGUUGGCAACUUGUGAACGACAAACUACAAACCAAAAUAUCACAGCAUAUGGAAUCAUGUUUUUUGUUGGAAUCACUCUCGUACUUCUCAUUAUAUACAACUGUUCUGGCCAAGUUCUCAGUGACAGAGAAAAGAGGCAGGCAAAAUCUAGAGAAGCUGCUGCAAGAAGUGCUAGGGAAACAGUACAGGCACGCGAAAGAUGGAAAUCUGCAAAAGCCACUGCUAAAUUGCAUGCAAGUGAGCUUCAAUCACAACUAUCACGAACAUUCUCACGAAAAAAAUCUGUACGGCAUGACCAGCAAAAGAGCUCAGGCCAACCUAAACCUGGAUCAGAUGCUGCAUUGCCACCCAUGCCUGGUGGUGCAUCUGGGUCAAAAGGUAAUAAGCAAAGCAACCUCACAAAAAUGAUGCAAGAUCUUGAAGAGAAUCCUGACGGUCAUGAUGGAUUCAAUAUGGAGAUUGGAGACAAGAAUUUGAAGAAGCAAAUGCCAACAGCCAAGCAAUUGCAUACUCGCAGCCAAAUUUUCAAGUAUGCAUAUGGUCAAAUUGAAAAAGAAAAAGCAAUGCAUGAGCAGAACAAGAACUUGACUUUCUCUGGAGUAAUAUCAAUGGCCUCUGAAAAUGAAAUCAUUAGCAGGCCACCUAUUGAGGUUUUCUUUAAGGAUCUGACUCUAACUUUGAAAGGCAAAAGGAAGCAUUUGCUAAGGUGCAUAACAGGGAAAUUAGUGCCUGGCCAUGUCUCCGCAGUCAUGGGUCCAUCAGGUGCUGGGAAGACAACAUUUCUUUCUGCCUUGACUGGAAAAGCUACAGGUUGCCUCAUAACCGGUUCUAUUCUCAUAAAUGGGAAGAAUGAACCAAUGCAAUCCUACAAAAGAAUUAUUGGGUAUGUUCCUCAAGAUGAUAUAGUGCAUGGGAACUUGACAGUGGAAGAGAAUCUCUGGUUCAGUGCUAGAUGCAGACUCUCAGCUGAUCUCCUAAAACCAGAAAAAGUCCUAGUUGUUGAAAGAGUCAUUGAGUCAUUGGGCUUGCAGGCUGUUAGAGAUUCUAUAGUAGGAACAGUAGAGAAAAGAGGAAUCUCUGGAGGCCAGAGGAAGCGAGUAAAUGUUGGGUUGGAAAUGGUUAUAGAACCUUCUUUGUUGAUCUUAGAUGAACCUACUUCUGGUCUGGAUAGUUCUUCUUCUCAGCUACUCCUUAGAGCCCUUCGCCGUGAAGCUCUUGAAGGAGUAAAUAUAUGCAUGGUGCUUCACCAACCAAGCUACACCUUGUUCAAGAUGUUUGAUGAUAUAAUACUUCUAGCUAAGGGUGGUCAUACUGUAUAUCAUGGACCAGUGAAGAAAGUUGAAGAGUACUUUGCUGGCCUUGGGAUCAAUGUCCCUGAGCGCGUAAAUCCUCCAGAUCAUUUUAUUGACAUCCUGGAAGGAAUUGUGAAACCAAGUGCAAGCUCAGGUGUGAACUAUAAGGAGCUUCCUCUGAGAUGGAUGCUUCAUAAUGGGUACCCUGUACCACCAGAAAUGCUCGAUUCUGCCGCAAUCGCAGCAUCUUCAACUGGAGAUUCAGCUCAUGGAGCAAGUCCAGCUGCAGCUUCUGGGCCAGGUCAAUCUUUUGCUGGAGAUCUAUGGGAGGACGUCAAAUUUACUGUUGAACAGAAGAAAGACAUUAUACAACUUAAUUUCUUAAAGUCAAAGGACUUAUCCAAUAGACAAACCCCAAGUGUGCUCCAGCAAUACAGAUAUUUUGUUGGACGAGUUGGGAAGCAACGAUUACGAGAAGCUAGAAUACAGGCUGUAGAUUAUCUGAUUUUACUAUUAGCAGGAAUUUGCUUAGGAACAGUUGCCAAAGUGAGUGAUGAGACAUUCGGAUCGAUGGGAUAUCUUUAUACUGUAAUUGCAGUUUCUCUUCUCUGCAAAAUUGCUGCUUUGAGAACGUUUUCUCUGGACAAGUUGCACUACUGGAGAGAGAGCGCUUCUGGCAUGAGCAGCUUGGCAUACUUUCUCGCAAAGGACACAGUUGAUCAUUUCAAUACAAUUGUAAAACCCGCACUUUAUCUAUCGAUGUUCUAUUUCUUCAACAAUCCACGGUCUAGCAUUUUUGAUAAUUACUUCGUCCUGAUUUGUCUCGUAUACUGUGUUACCGGCAUAGCUUAUAUUCUUGCCAUCUACUUUGAACCUGGUCAAGCCCAACUGUGGUCAGUCCUGCUUCCUGUUGUUUUGACUCUCAUUGCAAACCAAGAUGGAGAUAAAUUUUUAAUGAAUCUCGGAAACUUCUGCUACACUAAGUGGGCUUUGGAAGCAUUUCUGAUAGCAAAUGCUAAAAGCGGUGCUGCAUCGUCGAUCUGCUCCUCUUGCAACGCCGAGUUUGAUUGCUGUGACACAGCUAUGCGCAGAGAUGUGAUGGCCUCUGAACGUUUGCAGCGCAGCGAUGGGGUGUUGUGA